CAAUAGCUUCUUUUGAUACGACGUGAGUUGUCGGAUCCGAUAUUGAGCAACAUUCUGCUGAGUAUUCGGAGUCGUGUAACUUACUCAAUGUCAAAUUAAGCUUCUUUACGUCCAAUCCAUGAAUCGUUGUUGUCGCAAUGGAUUCCUACGCCCUCAAAUGGAGGCGCGCAGUAGGGCCUAUACCCCCGCGGUCAUGACUACGAUAUGCUCUCGACUUUUCUCUACAACUCGAAUAAUACAAUCAACUCUGAGUAAAUCGCCAGGAGGUAAGAAAAAGGGGUCAGCGCCCGGCAACACUUCCAAGGUCGAUAUCGUCAACGAACAACUUUGUAGUUUGCUUAAAGAUGACAUUGUUCAGCAACUAUCAAACGUGUUAGCUGUCAAUAAACCAUCCGUGAUUCUUGAUCUGUACCCUGGACGCCCAGUCUUAUCGUCGAAAGUUCACGAUCUCGUGCAGCCUUUUCGGCACGUCCUCGUCGAGCCUCGCACAUCCCGAGUUUAUCAUAAAUAUCUCCAAGAAUUCAGUGAGAAGAAGGACGGAAUCCAAAUACACAAGGAGAAAGUACAUUAUGGCUCGUUCCAUGGAAUUGGCUGGAUGGAGCUGCUGGACACGUACGUUCCGGCAGAGGUGCCUCCAGGUGUACAAAAAGAUCUGCUCGUCAUUGCCAACUUGACCGACAGGGCGUUUAAAAAUGCUUCGCGAAUAUGGGCUGCUCUUGUCGGACACACUCUUUUGAAUCGUGGCCGUUUCAGCGACUGGACUGUUCGGACUCUCAUGAUUCUACCCCCAGAGGAAGCUGACAUGAUCCUCCCACGCUCGGUUCGCAAUAGGAGGAAAGUGGCUAUACUGAAUGAGGCAUACUCACGUCAAUCCUUCGUUGUUGCCGAGACCGACAAUACCGAGCAUAUCAUCCCACGCGGAUAUGAGCUUGUUGGUAAAAGCGCCGACUUGGUUGCUCAGCGAAUGGCGGAAAGUCAGAUCGUCAUACCCAAGACACGCAGACGGCACCCUUCAAGGUCAUAUACAGAGAUCCCGGCAGGACCGAGGGCAGAACCGUAUACUGCAAAGUAUCCCCUUUUCGUAGGAGAGCCAUUCAAAGAAUUUUUAGAGAAGAAGAAGCUCUACGAGGAUAUUAUCCAGAAGUACUAUCAGGAACAUGGAGGAGCGAUAGAAGGCGAGUUAGAACGUGCGAGGGCGCGUGCUCGAGUUGUGCAUCUUGCAAAAGAAUUAGCGAAACGAAAACUUGAGAUUGCGUUAAUCAGUACUCUCAUCCAAGCCAAGUUGAAUGCAGCCGAGCCUGAAGAAGCAAAGCGAUUUAAGGAUGUCGUCAAAAGAAACCCAAAGAAGCACAAAUCUCUGAAUUCUGCUCGGCAGUAUUUCAGAGUACGGGCUCAAAUUAUGCACCUUGCCGGAGAUUUGGCCAAGCUUGAGCUUCAGAUUCGCUCCUGCGAAGAAACAUUUGUCACCUCAAAGGCUCGCUCACUAGAACUCGGAGAAGCGCGGCUGUAUCAAGAAGCUAUCAAGAAGUAUCCCAAAGAUAAACAAGCGUCGAAAAUCAAGAGUGACUAUACAAGGGCCCGCGCGUCAGUCGUACAUCUAGCCAAAGCAGCCGAUGCUGCGGUGGAUCUGGCUAAACAGCAAAUCGAAAUCGCUUCUCUUGAAGAGAGACUCGCCAAAGCAAAACUGGAUCCGACAACAGGGUCAGUCGAGCUUGAACGGCAAAAUUCGCACUUGGUCAGCCUGAGAAAGCAAUUCACUGAGACAAGCUCCGAAGCUCUCUUUCACGUCAGUAGAAAACUGCCAAAUCUGAUAAACGACUAUCGUAUAGCGCUAGGAGCAUCGGGGGAUAUCAAAAACUCUCGGUUACUCUGGGACCAUCGUCCAUACGAACCACUGUACAUACACCCUAAAGAGGUAACUCCAAAGGGAAGUGGCUGUUCGAUUAUAUAUAUCGAACCAGAAUCGAAAGAAGAAUUAUUUGAAAGGUUUGCGAUCAAUAGCGCCCAUGACAGGCACGAUGAAGCGGUGGAAAUGGCGCUCUCAGUUGUCGGCACAUUCGGCAUCCGUGCCAGAGAGACAGUCGCCGAUAUGCUCGAGAAACUGUUCCCCGGACAACCUCCUGCAGAGGUUAUCAAGAUUGUCCCUGAAUUAUUCGAUUGCAUACCAAAGCAACUUCGUGCGACUUCUAUCAACAAAGACGUUACUGCUACCUCUGAGAAGGACCUGACACCAACUACCUCUACUACAUCGAUACCUGCUUCCUUCUACGACGAAUUCAAAUACAUGCCCGACCAAAUCACUCUCCAAUGUCUCCCUCUAAGCGCUAUUCUAGGCUUGUUGAGAGCCUAUUUCAACACGCCGAACGCAAGGUCAUUUUUACAGGUUAAUCGCAGUCUGGGUGGUUCGGCCACAUUAUUUGCACUGCGCUCUUGGGUUUCUGAUGAUAAGUGAUCUUGAUUUAUAAUUACCCUUAACAUGUGUAUAACGCUGUGGUCACGAUUUCCGGCGUUCUUCUACUUUUUGUCAACAGAUGCAUUGAUUGGAGUUGUUGCAUAUGAGACUUGGGAAGACUGCAUGCAGAGGAAAACGCAUAAGUUCAAUGCAGACACUGGACUAAUCGACAUGUAUAAUAUCAUACUGUAUCAUAUAACCAAUGCAACAGGACUAACGCUACUUCGUAUAAAUGAAGAUACCAAAUUCCAAAGUCAGUCCCGAAAAACUCGCCUGAACGAGCUACCCCUGAACGGCAUGAGAUAUCCUCAUGGCUCACCCAUGAAUUCGAAAGAAUACCAUUACCCAACCCAAGCAUUAGAUGACUCAACUAACCAAUGUUCCAAUAAGGACGUCGGAUAAGCGACCGAGUUCGGU